UUUAAACCCAAGCGUGUUGGAGCUGGGUUUCCAAAGAAAUCCAGCCUGUUCCAGACAGCUUCAGAACUGCUGAAGGCCGAGGAGGAGAGCAACACCAAACUUGUCAAAAAAGAUGAUGAUUGGGACAAUGGGCAGGAAAACAGCAUCUGCAACCUGGAACUGGACACCAAGAUCCCUGUUCUCCAGAAGAAGGAAAGAGCAACCAGUGCACGGCGUGAGAGUGCUGGAGAAGAAGCACCCCUUCCUGAAAAGAAGGGACAACAACCCAGCCCAGACACAAAAUCUUCCCUUUGGGAUAGCCCUCCCAAGAAGGUCAAACCUAGCAAGAAGCAGCAAAUGCUGGCAGAAGCAGCCAAAAAAGAAUCGCAGGACAUUUCCAAGUUCUUCUCCCUCAGUAAAGCUGGAUCUAAAGUCACAAGUUGCAGCUCAGCAGAGGAAGACUCUUCUGCAAGGACACUACCUCAGGUUUCUUCUCAAAGCCUAUGUCAAGAGAAAUUGAUACCUCAGGAAAUCAAAAAUGUCUCUGGAGAGGAUGCGACUGGACAGUCCCUCACAGAAGAUAAAGAGUUAGAGGAUUUGGAAGGAUCAUUGACUGAGAGAGAAGAGGACUUUAAGACCCAGCAAGCUGCUAAAUUUGAACUACUUCAAACAGAAAUUGAUGAAAAAUCCAGUGCUGCUGAAACCAUCACAGACACUGAGCUAACUGCUCUUGGGGAAGGUCAGAAUGGGAAGAGACCAGGAUCAGAUGAGGAUAUGGAAAGCCCUACAACAAAGAGGCUACGGACAGCAGCAAAGUCUUCUAUUCUCUCCCAGCCAGAAAGCAAAGGUGUUGGUCCAGCAAAGAAGAAAGUGACGUUUGAUCCAAACAUAUCACAGUGCGAUAAAGAAGGAACCACCAAGACCAUCCAGCCAGCGACCAAAGGCAUGUCCCUCAAAGAGACUGCAGACAUCGUUGUCAAGUACUUGACCCCCUUCUACAAGGGUGGCAAAUUUGCUUCCAAGGAGCUGUUCAAGGGUUUUGCUCGGCACCUGUCCCACCUCCUGACUGCAGAACACAAUCCUGCCCGCAAGACUGUGAAGGAAGAAGCCCAGAGACUCAUCAAGGAGUUUUUCAAAACGCGGGUUAGAUGUGAGAGUGAGAUGGACUGGCAGGAGCUGCAGAGCUCGGAGAGAUAAUCUUGGC